UCAAGAAGUUACACAAGGCAGGGGCAUGAGUUUUACAACAGGGCAGUUUCACAAGCGCCGAUGAGGCUUCACGCCCUCAAAACCUACACCGACUGUCCAUAUUUGUAGAGCUCUGUCGCGACUUUGAAGGAUAUUGUGGCACUACAUUCCCAAAACAGCAAGAGAGUAUUUUGCUUUUGUCCACGCCUUUUCUUUCAAAUCAAUUGACAAUCCUUGAAAGAAACGGUAUUUUUCGCGCGCUACAACAUACACUUUGGGUUGAGAGUGGUUUACACGGCAUGUUAACCGGACUGUCGCGCUCGUUUCAAACAAAUAUCCUUCUGUCUUUCCUCUCGUUGACAAUCGUUGAGUGUUUUCGCGCCCACUGCUCACCCUGAAGACAUUUGGAGUCGGGGAAAUUUCUGGCACUCGAGAGAAACCUUGCAGCCAUGGAGUUAAGUUCAGUCAUCUUGACAACAGGGGCUUCUGUGGCUUUUUUCAGGCUUGUGAACGCUGGAAUACGUAAACUUCCCAUUCCUGAGACUGCCCACAGAAAUGCAUGGAAAUGGAGAAACAUCGCGACAUCCUUUGUGCAUAGUUUUGUUACUGCAAUAUGGGCUGUGCUUUGCUUUUAUCGUCACCCUGAGAUGGCAGAGGACCUGAUAGAAACCUUCUCUGUGUUUUCUCAGACAUUGGUUUCCUUUUCAAUCGGUUAUUUCAUCUAUGACUUCUUCGACAUGGUGCUAAACCAGAAGCUCAGUGUCUCAUGGGAACUUCUCUUUCAUCACACUGUGGUGAUUGCUUGUUUUGGCCUCACUGUGCUUACCUACCACUAUGUGGGCUUUGCUGUGGUGGCCCUCCUGGUGGAGAUUAACUCUGUAUUCCUUCAUCUCCGGCAAAUGCUGCGAAUGGCCAACAUUGCAGUGGGCACAUUGUACCGAGUUAACAGCAUUAUCAACCUGGGCACAUAUGUAGUAUUUCGGAUCAACACUCUGGCAUGGAUGACCCGCUGGCUGGUGAUCAACAGGGACAAUGUUCCUCUUCCAGCCUACACAUUGGGCAGUGUGGGAAUGGCCAUAAUGACUGUCAUGAAUAUUGUGUUGUUCUAUCGGCUACUCAGAACUGACUUCUUGAAAACAAGCACUCGUGAGACAAAGAAGGACAAAGACAUGUAGGUAAGAGUGAAGAUGAGGGGGGUCAUACGAAACAUUGGAAUCAUAUACAAUAUGGUCUUGUGUGGCAUGGCAUAUGACACCCCGCUAACGGAAAUAAGCAUAAAAAAUACCCUCUGAUUCAUAAAUCUUCUAUACUCUAUUAUUAACUGCGGUACAGUUAUCCUCAAGUGCCAUUUUUAUUCUGAACAAUGCAUGGUCUUGCAUUACACCAACGCCUUACUGUCUUUAAGCUAGAUCUGUGCUAAAUGUAGCUUUCUCUAAGCGAAGAUGCACUGUGUGUUCUUGAAAUUGAGUAACACCUCUAAACUGUUUUAGUUCUGUGAACCAUCAAUACAUAAAACCGUUUGAAUUUAAGCUUAGAACAGGCAUUUAGGAGGUAUAUGCUUAUUGGACCAUGGCUCUGUCAAAUGUCAUCUUAAGCACUAGCACUGCACACUAUAUUCCUCAAUUAACAACCACCUGCUACCUCUGAAAACUUGUAGCAGAUAACAGUUUAAAUGUAUUGUAUGUAUCCUUUUCCUUAUACACUCACACAUCUGUUUUGAUAUACAGUGAGGCAAAUAAGUAUUUGAACAGCGUGUGAUUUUGCAAGUUCUCCCAUUUAGAAAUCAUGGGGGGGUCUGAAAUUUUCAUCUUAGGUUCGUGUCCACUGUGAGAGACAUAAUCUAGAAAAAAAUCUGGAAAUCACAUUGUAUAUUUUUUUAAAUAAUUGAUUUGUAUGUUACUGCUGCAAAUAAGUAUUUGAACACGUGAGAAAAUCAAUGUUAAUAUUUGGUAGAGUAGCCUUUGUUUGCAAUUGCAUAGGUCAAACGUUUUCUGUAGUUUUUCACCAGGUUUGCACACACUGCAGGAGGAAUUUUGGCCCACUCCUCCACACAGAUCUUCUCUAGAUCAGAUGGGUUUCUGGGCUGUCGCUGAGAAACAUGGAGUUGGAGCUCCCUCCAAAGAUUUUCUAUUGGGUUUAGGCCUGGAGACUGGCUAGGCCACUCCAGAACCUUGAUAUGCUUCUUACGGAGCAACUCCUUGGUUAUCCUGGCUGUGUGCUUCGGGUCAUUGUCAUGUUGGAAGACCGAGCCAUGACCCAUCUUCAAUGCUCUAACUGAGGGAAGGAGGUUGUUCCCCAAAAUCUCACAAUGCAUGGCCCCGGUCAACCUCUCCUUAAUACAGUGCAGUCGUCCUGUCCCAUGUGCAGAAAACCCCCCAAAGCAUGACGUUUCCACCCCCAUGCUUCACAGUAGGGAUGGUGUUCUUUGGAUGGUACUCAUUAUUCUUCUUCCUCCAAACACAGUGAGUGGAAUUAAGACCAAAAAGUUCUAUUUUGGUCUCAUCUGACCACAUGACUUUCUCCCAUGUCCUCCUCUGGAUCAUUCAAAUUGUCAUUGGCAAACUUAAGAUUGGCCUGGACAUGUGCUGGUUUAAGCAGGGGAACCUUCCGUGCCAUGCAUGAUUUAAACCAUGACGUCUUAGUGUUUUAACUAACAGCAAUCUUGGAAACGGUGGUCCAGCUCUUUUCAGGUCAUUGACCAGCUCCUGUCGUGUAGUUCUGGGUUGAUUCCUCACCUUUCUUAGGAUCAUUGAGACCCCACGAGGUGAGAUGUUGCAUGGAGCCCCAGUCCGAGGGAGAUUGACAGUGGUGUUUAGCUUCUUCCAUUUUCUAUAAUUGCUCCAACAAUGGAUCUUUUUUCACCAAGCUGCUUGGAAAUUGCCCCUGUAGCCCUUUCCAGCCUUGUGGAGGUCUACAAUUUUGUCUCUUGUGCAUUUUGACAGUUGUUUGGUCUUGGCCAUGUUAGUAGUUGGAGUCUUUAUGCAGCUAAUGACCUCAAACAGGUGCUUCCAACUUAGGAUAAUAAGUGGAGUGGAGGUGGACUUUUUAAAGGUGGAACUAAGAGGUCUUUGAGGGUCAGAAUUCUAGCUGAUAGGUGUUUCAAAUACUUAUUUGCAGCAAUAACAUACAAAUAAAUUAUUUAAAAAAAUAAUACAAUCUGAUUCCCAGAUUUUUUUUUUUAGAUUAUGUCUCUCACAGUGGACAUGCACCUAAGAUGAAAAUUUCAGACCCCUCCAUGAUUUCUAAGGGGGAGAACUGGCAAAAUCACAGGGUGUUCAUAUACUUAUUUGCCUCACUGUACUCUCUUUUGGCCAAAUCAUCUUUAUACAUAAAAAACUAUGCUGCUUUUUUAUGUAUAUGCUAUGGGCAUGGUUUAUGUCUAACCACUUGAUUUAAUCUAGUUUGAAAUCAUGGCUACUUAUCAACUGAACUAACACUGAAGAAAAUGCCAAUUAAUACACACAAGGCUCUGACUUUAAAUAUUGUAGUUGCCAAUAGAAAUUCUGGAGUAAAAAAUACUCAAUAACUGCAAAUUUCACAUUUGUGCUUAGGAGUUAGUAUUACUCAGUUUCAGUGACAUAGCUUGUUCUGUCAAUCAAGAAGAUUGUUCUAAUAUUAGUGGAAACAUUGGAGGGGACCUGUCUGACCUGUGCGCUAACACCAAAACACAAUGAUGGAAAGCUCUAUGACUGACUAACACUUGAACCCUUAGGAAAACAAGCUCUGUGGGAGAAAGUGGUGCUGCCAUCAUGCACUCUUGUUGAAGCACUUAUAUUUUACAUGUAGAGCUAGGCUGGGCAAUAUGACAAUACAAACUGAAUCCCUGUGACAGUAUGCUAUUUUGGUGACAUUGUCUUAUUGUGUUUCAUUGUUUUUUCUUUUUUUGUUUAAUGCAGUAAUAUGAUCAAAUUUACUCGUCCCACUCCUUCUCAGCCAGAAGAAGAAUCACCCUUAUAUAAUGUAAUAGUAAAUAAAUUGUGAUGAAAAUCAUGAAAUGAUUUUUCAGAUUCUUUGAAUAUCAAACAGACUUUAGUUAGCUCACCCACACCCAUUUAAAAACCAUAACAAAUUUACAGUACAUGUUGUUUCUGCAAGGCUACUUAUUCAUUUGUUAACAAUAUUACAAGGGUCUUGAUGCCAUUCAUGUUUGGUAGUGCUAUAGCACUUUUUUUUUGGAGGAUACGACAUUAUGUAUGUUGUAAUUUAUUUGCCUAAAAAUUGUGGACUAAAAAGUUGCUGUGUUGUAAUGAGUUUAUUGCAUUGAUUGCUUUUUUGUUUUAUUUUAUUCCAUUUCCAUUACUGUACUUGUUUUGCCCUUACCAAAACACAAGUCCUGAAAGCAGAACUUAAACUGUGUUUUAAGUUAAGUUAAGCAGGUGAUGACAUGGUUUUGUAGCUGCUGAUGGUUGAUAAAUCUUGACACUCAGACACCAUUGAUUGAAGAAACUGCAUUCUGUAAUUGUGAGAAAGCUGCACUCUGAGAAUUGGAUUAAUUGCCUUAACAAAUAAAUAUGUAUUGUGAAUGUAUUGUUUAAUCAUAUUUAAUGGCAGCUUAAGUUUCUUGUAUUGUACAGCUGUUGACAAUGAAGACUUUAAAUUGUUGUAAAUGUUUUUUGUUUUGUUUUUUUACAUGGCAACUACAUGUGGAGUUGGAGUGUUCCAUAUUUGUGCUGCUGUGUAAUAACACUGUUAUUACUAAGUGCUGUGUUAAUUAGCAAAUGAUAAAUUGAGUAGUAACUUGCAAAGAUCAACCAUAUAUUUACAGCAUUGUAAAACCUGUGCUAAAGCUAAUAGGAACAAUGUGUAUGUAUGUGUUUGAAUUUCCUUUUCUCCUGUGCCAUCUGUAGACCUGUGUAUUCCAUCUGUUGUUUGCC